AUGGAGGACUGGCAAAUAGAGCCAAAAAGGACUCUGGAGGAGGAGGUCAAUAGACUGAAACGGCUUGUGAAUACAUUGGAGGGGAGGGCCGCGAGACUUGAACGUCGAGAAGAGGAACUCCGCUCAUAUGAAAAGGACAUGUCGGCCAUACAUCAAGAUAUCAGAGCCAUCCGCAAACGUGUCACUGAAUCCGAAGAAGAGUCCCGCAAACUGAAGAAGAUUCUGUUAGCGCUUGCGUUGUUCUUCAAGGCUGUCCACAAACACGUCACCAAAUCAGAAGAAGAGUCUCGUAAACUUAAGAAGAUCUUAUUGGCGCUCGCGUUGUUUUUGAUCAGGGAUGCCAAUGUCGAACCUCCUUCACAAGUCCUUCUUGAUGCCGGGUAUCUUGUUAGGAAGGAGCUCAAUGAGCAUAUUGGGAAUGUAAAGGUUGAUAGACGUCAAUAG